AUGGGACCUAUUUGUACAAAAGAUAAAACAAACAAGAUUGUUAUUAGAGGAAAUGCCAAACUUGUAAAUACAUCUACACCUGAUGCUCCUCCAAAAAUUAUCAAUACAUAUAAAUAUGUUGGUGAAGAGUUUCAAUAAGAAAUUGAAAAAAAUGAUCCAGCUUAUUCUUAGAAACAAUCAAAAUGGAAUCUCUACUAUCAAAAGAAAUAUGAAUUUAUAAAUGAUGAGAAUUAUAUUUUUUUGUUUAGACGAUCCUCAUCCAUUGAGUAAUUAUAAUAACAGACUAAUGAAGAUGAUUAAUGUAAAGAACCCAAAAUCAAUUCUAAUAAGCACUUUUCUAAAAAAAUAUUAUAAUCCUUAACAUAAUAACUUGGUGGUCCUUUCAAAUUAUCAAACCAAGAUAUUAUUGAUGCUUAUCUUCUUAAAGAAAUCAAUAACGAAGAUUUCAAAAAUAUUCUUAUGGAUGGAGCCAUCUCUAAAUAUAGAUGGAACUUCUGGAUGGCUUAAGUCUAUAGAAACAGAGACUAUGAUCCCCAUCUUUAUACAAAGUUAAAAAACUAAACUCCCACUCAAAAAAUCCUUGAAGAUAUUACCAAAGAUAUUAAUAGAACAUUUCCCUCUCAUGAUCACUUUAAAGAUUACAAUUAAGGUUAAUAAUAAUUAUUCUCUAUUCUCAAAGCCCUUUCCAUGCUUAAUGAGGAUAUUGGUUAUGUUUAAGGAAUGAAUUAUAUCGUUGGAUUCUCAUUAAUUGUUAGUGGAGGCAAAGAAGAGGAAGUCUUUUGGCUUAUUCAUUUUAUUAAUACUAAUCCUCUCUUUUAAUGGUGGGAAAUCUAUAGAGUCAAUUUCAAUUAUGCUAAAGCCAUAUGCUAAGUGUUCUCAAAAAAUUUUAAUGAAUAUCUUCCAGCACUUUAUCAACACUUUUAAGAUGAAGGAAUUAGUGAUUAAUAAUACAUUUGGCAAUGGAUUUUAACUUAGUUUUUAUAUACCUUCCCUAUUGAUAGAGUAAUUUUCUUUUGGGAUUUUAUUUUGGCCACUGAUAUCUUUUCAAUCAUCAAAAUUAGUAUUGCUUUUCUUAAAGAAUUUGGAUAUGAAUUAAUUUAAAAAGAUAUUGGUUAAAUCUCAGAAUUUCUAACUGGUUUCAUUAAAGAUCAAUUAUAAAUUGAUGUUCCCAAAAUCAUUAGUGAUGCAAAAUAAAUAGUUGUAAAUAUGACUGAAGACUAAAAAUAAUUCUUUUAAAAUUAUAAACCUUAAUCAUCUACUUGA